UAUUAACAAGAUUGUAGAUAGGAGAGAUUAGCAAUCCCCAAAAAGCAGUUUCUUUCUUAACUGUCAAAGAACGGAAACAGUUGAUGUUCUCACCAGACUGCCACCGUUAUUGUUCUCGAUCCGCCUUGCGCUUUAUCCUAUUUUUAGUUCUUUACGAGAUAGCUAGGGGCUUUCUCAUGACACACAAAGGAUAAGUGGUCGUAGGACACAGCAUUCAGGGGUCCCAAACGGCAUAAUUCGCCGCGAUAAUCGAAGACAAUGAGAGUUAUCAAAAGAAGCUGACCAUGCCUCGAUACCGGGCCGCUGGUCGCCCGCUCCUGAGUUUCCCUCACCACUUAUUUCUUCUCUUCUAGAAAUGCGUGAUGUGAAUAAUGAAGACCAUCGUCAACCCCGGCGAGUUGAAAUGCCCCUUAUCAGCAUCCCGACUGAGACUGUCCACCCUCAUGUGGUCCGUCCCGACGAAGAACCACCAUCUACAACAGAGGCGACCAAUUUAGGCACGAGUGGUUUUGAUGUAGGGAUAGACACAUGUGGAUUCACCACAGGUAGCACGGUGACUUGUGAAUUCGGAUAUGACUGUACCAAUGUAGGGGACUACCGCGGGUGCUGCGUUGCUGGCGCCGCAGACUGCGUCGCUACGAUUUACACUGAGUGUAUCGACCAUGAGAAGGCCCCGAACUCAGAGGGCUGUGGACAACACACAUUAUGCUGCCCAGAUUCAAAACCAUACUGCUUCGUCUAUGCGUAUUCGACCGACAGCGACCCCGACGCUACUCUCACCUAUGUCGAAUGUCAAGAAUCCGAGGGGUUCGGGGAGAUGUUUCCGUUUCCGCCGGAACUAAUGACAAUGACAUCGAACUCAUCAUCCACGGAAACCGGAUCUUCGUCCGACUCAUCAAGCCCCGAUUCCGCCACCGACGAACCCGAACCUGAGCCCUCGUCCUCUCACUCCUCCAGAAACGCGGGUGCGAUAAUCGGCGGCGUAGUAGGCGGCGUCGUGUUCAUCCUCCUGAUCAUCCUCGCAGCCUUCCUCCUCCUACGCUACCGCCGGCGGCGCCGCCAAGCCAAACUCCGCGCCUCCAUCAUCCCCCUGGGCCCCGCAAAGACACCACAAAGCUCAACGGACGCCUCGCCCGACACCGAGAAAGACCAAGCCCAAGCACAAGCCCAGAUAGUAGCCGCACCAGCCCGAUCCAAAUCUAAAUCCAAACCUACACCUACACCCACCCCCACAUCCCCAAGAGCAGCACGUAAAAACCCCUUCCGCCCCCUCUCCUCAAUCCACGAACACCCACCCACCGUCCCUCCAUCAACCACCCUCGCAACCCCAACCCCCUCAACAACACUCGGCCGCAACAAAUCCACCUCCGCAGCCACGACGACCUCGUCGGCGCGCGGCAGCUACGGCCCCAACUGGCCCCUCGGCCCGAGCAACCCGCUCGCCGCGCACCCCGUCGACGCAAACCUCAAGAAGCGGCUGAGCGACAGCCGCCUCGGCACCUUGAGCUUGGCUCAGGCGUUAGCCGUGGGACCGGGGAUGGGGAUGGGGAUGGAGGCGUCGCGCGUGCGGCCGUUGGAUUUGGGGGGGACGACGCGGACGCGGACGCCGCCGCCGGGGAGCAGGCCUGCGCCGUUGAAGUCGCCGGCGAGUGUGGGGGGUGGGCUAAGGAGCCCGAGGUUGGAUUUUGUGCCUGUGUCGCCGAUUGUGGGGAGGAUUGGGGAUGGGGGUGGUGCGAAGAGUGCGGGUGGGGGUGCGGGAGCGGAGCCGGUGUCGCCGAUUGAGAGUGAUGACGAGGGCGGAGGGGAGGAUACGCAACGGCUUAGUUAUGUGUCUGCGCCUAGCGCGCAUUUUGACGGGGAUGACUUGGUUUCGCCUGUGAGUCCGCACGUGGGGAGGGACGAAGAUGGAGAUAGUGAUGGGGGACGGGUGAGCCCGAGGACGGUUAGUCCGCUUGAGAGUCGACGUGGGAGCGAGGCAUCGUAAGAUGAUGAAUCGCGAUGCUGGUAUUGGAGAUUUGGUCAUGGUUUAUGACGUGUGGUUAAAAGUUUAAGGAUGGUUCGUCUAUAUAUACCAAAUACAUUUCGGUUGCUAGGGGUGCCUAUAUUAAUACCCGGUGGCCUUUUUAUGUUACAUGAUUUCUGUACACCUACCUAGGUGCCUUGACGUUUAAUUGAGAAUGGUACUGCCAUA